AUGUGCGAUGCCGCCGCCACCCCGUGGGCUUCCAAAAACGCGACGGCCUCGGCGCGACCGAGUCUCCAGUGCGCUCCGGAGGGCGACAUGGACCGGCAGCGCGCUGAAGUCGACGCUCCUGGCAAAGAUGGCGUUGAAAAACACGACAACGCCGGCGCUGUUGAGGCCCGUCUUGGCGACGAUGCCGGCCUCGGUGACGGUGCCGAUGGCGGGCUUGGACGCGCCCGACGGCCGUAUGUGGAGGAUGACCAGUCUCUCUUUUUGAGCGUCCAUCCACUGCUGCGUGGUUAA